GACGACACUUCCCUCCAAUUGACACUCUUCACGCAAACGAUCUUCACGCAAACGAUCUUCACGCCCACGUUUCUCGCAAUGGCCUCGAAAGUAUUUGGAAAUGGGCUCAAGGAGCUGCGCUUCCUGUUUUGCCAGACUAGCGAGCACAGCGCUGCGACAAGGAACUUCCUCACCCGAAGCUAUCCCGCCAUGAAGAAGGCCAACCCAUCGAUUCCCAUUAUGAUCCGAGAAGCCAGCGGCACCGAGCCCACAGUCUUUGCGAGAUUCGAUUUCGGAAAGGAGAGGAAGUUGCCGCUCAAGGGCCUCGACGACAAGGCCAUUGAGCAACAAGUAUCGGACCUGGUGCAGAAGGGCGCAUGAGGAUGCGAUUGAACAAAAGCAAGGAAGGAAUGACCAAAAGGGACGACAUCACAUAUGAUUGAAUUCAAGAAAGCCAC